AUGGCUGACCUUAGUAAAGGCCUAAAAGAUAUGAAGAUUGAUGGUGAUCGCCUCAUCGUUGGUUUUGACUUUGGCACGACAUUCAGUGGCGUCGCUUUUGCUUUCAAUUCAGGCGAUAAACCAGAUGUGCAUUCAAUCGUUGACUGGCCCGGUAUUGAAGGGUUUCCCCAACCGAAGGUCCCAACUAUCAUAAAAUAUGACGAUAGUGACAAGAGUAAAUUCACAUGGGGAGCACAAACGCAUGCUGCAAAUCCUAUUGUGGGCAUUAAGCUUCUGCUUGAUCCAAGCCAGCCAAGACCUCCCUAUCUUCCAGAUUCCAACGCGCAGGACGACCUCGACGAAAUUGGCAAGCCGGCUGUUACAGUUGCUGCUGAUUAUCUUGCGGCGCUUUAUAAGCAUGCUAUGGAGAGGAUCAAGACGAGUGUUCCCACAGACUACUUAGCGAAGUGCAAGAAGGAAUAUGUACUCUCCGUACCGGCUGUUUGGUCUGAUAAAGCUAAAGAUUUGACUUUAAAGGCAGCUAAGCAGGCUGGUAUUCAUCCCGUUACCUUGAUCAAAGAACCGGAAGCUGCUGCAUUGUAUACUUUGUACACGCAGAAGGACAAGUCUCUUGCUGUUGAUGAUGCAAUCGUCAUUGUCGAUGCUGGUGGUGGAACUGUUGACUUGAUCUCAUAUGAGAUCGCGGCGAUGAAACCCCGAUUGGAACUUAAAGAGCUCGUCCCUAGCAAAGGAAGCAUGGCUGGCUCACUUGGACUUAAUAAGCGAUUCGAGCAAGAGGUUCAACACAUCAUCGGGCCGGCUGAAUACGGUCGUAUAUACCAACAAGUCGGUUAUACGACAGCUGUGAACACAUUUGAUAAAAAUGUUAAGACUGCAUUUCGAGGUGAUGUAGACAAAGAGUAUUUUGUUGCAUUUCCGUGUGCCGAUCUGAAAGACAAUAAGAAACGCAACCUGAAGAGGGACGUUUGGACUAUGACAGGAUUUGACGUAGCAAAGAUCUUUGAGCCAUUGGCUGCGGACAUCGAGAGUCUGGUGGAUCAGCAAGUCAAGGAGGUCAUUACCAAGAGAUCUUUGGACAAGCACCCUAAUGCGACAAAGAUCAAGGCUAUAUUCAUGGUUGGUGGUUUCGGUUCUAGUGUAUACAUUAAGAAUCGACUCCAGGACAAAUAUCCCGAUAUUCAAGUAAUCCAACCUCACGAUGCCUGGGGUGCUAUUGUCAAGGGUGCUGUGCUCAGUAAAUUACAUCAACAAGCCUUUGUGUCCUCAAACAUUUCCCCACGCCACUACGGUGUUGUAGCAAGCGAUUUGUUUGUAAAAGGAGAGGACGAGGGCCAACAUACUUUCAAAGGUCUUGGUGACGGCUCAAUUAGAGUUUCUAAGUGUACAUGGCACAUCAAGCGCGGUGACGAGUUGGUUAAAGGAAAGCCUAUUGCAUUUCCAUUUUAUAGAGUUCUUCCUGGGAAUUUCGAAAAGAAAGAUUUGAUCUUCAAUACCACUCUACAACAAAGCGACGAGGUCGCUCCACCAAAAUAUCCCGCCAAGCGUAUCGUGAAGCCUUGUUGCAGCAUGGCUGCAGAUUUAAGAAGUGUUUCUCGCGAUAUGUUCAAGCUCCGUAAAGGUGCUGAUGGAAAGAAGUACUACACUUUGUCGUAUGACCUUGUAGUCCGAAGCGAAGGGGCGGUCAUGAAGUUUUCACUUGAGAUUGGGGGCAAGGAGAUGGGGAGUGUUACUGCGAAGUACGAAUGA